GUUCACCAAGCAUUUGCGGUGACAGGACGAUCAAAAGGCCCUUCGUUUCACUUCGGCACCAUCUCUCCCAUUCAUCGCUCCUCCCCAUCCGCUGUCAUCAUUUAGACCAGACGAGUAGAUGAAACUCGAAAGGAAAUAGUGGUCAACGUCGUCUGAUAGAUAUAUCAGGGGACCGCCGCCCUUUUCCGCACCCUUCUCCUCCUUACAGCUUUGCCUUCUGAUUGCAAUUCUCGACCGAUACCCAAGGUGACAAAAAGAACUCCAACCGUCUCAGAAUACCUUAGAUCAAAAGGAAAAGAUCUCGAUCCAAUACCCGCUCAAAAUGACAAACACAGUGUCGGAGAUCACAGACCUGCGCAUCUAUCCCAUCAAGUCAUGCCGAGGGAUCUCUCUGAAGUCGGCAAGGUUGACGAGACAGGGAUUAGAGCUAGAUAGACGGUGGAUGUUCAUCGACAGCAGCAAUAAAUUCAUCACCAUCCGCACGAAGCCACAAAUGACCUUGAUCAACACCGCCAUCGAUCACGACUCCGACCGCCUUGUCAUAACCAUAGGCCACGACACGGACAAGCAAGUUAAGGUGCCGAUUCACCCUAGUCAGGAAUGGCUCAGUGACAACACCAAAGAAGUAUCAGUCGACAUCUGGGAAUAUAUCACCGAUGCCUAUGCUUACACAGAUCGCGGAAUGCUGGACCUUUUCAAAGACUUCUUUGGAGAAGAAGUUCGUCUGGUGAUGAAGGGUCCCGAGCCAAGGAUCUGCGCCGGCAACGGUUCCCCUGAACGCCUGGGACGUACAGAAAGCGUCAACUUCCCAGACGUACUCCCCAUUCAGAUUGCCUCCGAAUCGUCGCUUGCCGAAUUGAACUCAAGGCUGAAGGGAAAAGGCCAGAGCGAAAUCACCAUCGAGCGGUUCAGGCCAAAUGUCAUAAUCAAAGGGGGGAAGCCAUGGUCCGAAGAUUCGUGGAAGAAAGUACGCAUCAACGGCGACUCCUCGUACUGGACUACACUCACCGGUGGCAACAUGCACGCAAUCGAUGUUGAUGUGGUUGCGAGAUGUGCUCGCUGUACGGUGCCCAAUGUCGAUCCCGAUACCGCAGAGAAGGACGCUCACCAGCCAUGGGAUCUGUUGGUCAGCUACCGCAGGGUUGACGAAGGCAUCAAGUUUAAACCCUGUUUUGGGAUGCUGUGCUGCCCAAGGAAUGAAGGAAAUAUCGAGGUAGGAAUGCGAUUCGAGGUGAUGGAAGUUACCGAUGCCCACAGAUAUGUCAAAGGCUUUUAGGUCGUCAGGGGCGAGCAGAUUGCAAGUUGCUGGUGUCCAAUGUCCAGGGAGUUAUGGUGAUGGGUCUUUGACUUCCUCCAGAGGCUGUAUAUUUCGCUAGAGUGCUUUGACCAGACGCUUAGUCUAGACAGCUUUCUAGGUGUUAUGCGCAGUACCAAC